AUGUGUUGCUCGUUCUUAGGACAAGUGCUCUAUGGAGCUAUUAUGUUGGGCACAUUGGGUCUCACAUUAGGGGCUAUGUUCUCUUCAGGUUGGUCAGAAAUAAAAAGUGAUUUCAACAACGAUAUAAUUACUGGAAUACCUCAUCCAAAAACUUUAUUUGCUUUCGUAUGCGGUUCUGACGAUGUUGAUGCAAAGGCAUGCAAGGAAUAUUUUGACAGUCUUCAAACAUGGAUGAAAGCAGUUAUAGUGUUGAUGUGUUUAUCAGCUGUUGCUGAGGUUAUAGCCCUUAUCUGGACAAUAUUUACCAUUUUCGCAUGUUGUUGCAAGAAAUAUGUUGUCCAUCCUCUGCCUGCUGUGGCUCUACUUUUAGCAAUACUUCUUGCUGCUGCGUUAAUCAUCUUUGGAAUUAACAGUGGUGAAGGUAUAGUAGGAGGAUCAGGAUACAAAAGUGAACUGGGAUAUAGCUUUUACAUGGCAUGUGCUAGCCUUCUUGGUGCAAUUAUUGACAUUGUCGUUGGAGCUUUGACAGCUGCACUUGCCCAAAAGGAUCUGUAA